GACAUGGAUUGAUUGAGGAAGGUAGGAGGGAUCCGCCUGGUGAGAUCGGAAUGGCUAGAUUAGAGGGGCGGUAUUGCCUGAAAUAGACUAGGCAGGCCUGGCAUGGUAGAGAUAGAUGAGCAGGGAUUGGCCGGUGUUCGUGGAUGAGGAUUGGCCGAGACAAAUAGGUGGGGCCUGGCGAGGUGGCUAGAUGUGGAUUGGCUUCAAUAGGUCCAGUUGUGAGCGGUGAUUGGUCUCCUGGAGGGGGCGGGGCGGAGCCUCUGGGUCCGGUGGCGGUUUCCGGAGUGAAGCCAGGGGCCUGGCGGGGCCAUGUCGGGCCCGUCACCUGUGCAGAUCCGGGAGGCGAACGCUCACCUGGCCGCAGUACACCGGCGGGCAGCGGAGUUGGAGGCACGGCUCGGGGCGGCGGAGCGCACGGUGCGGGAGCAGGCGGAAAGUCUCAUCCGAAAAGACGAGCAGCUGCGCGGGGCACUCCGGGAGCUGGGCCGGGCCAAGGACCGAGAGAUCGCAGAUCUUCAGGAAAAGCUCUUUUCUUCAGAGGGGACUGUCCAGAAGCUCCUGACUGUGAUUCAGGAGAAAGACGCCCUGAUCGUGCAGCUGAAGCAUCGAAGUGAGCUGUUGCACAAAAUCUGCCAGCGUCGACCCCUGCUGGAUGGCCUGUUGGCCUUCAUGGCUGAAGGGGAGCAGCUGGGCCCUUUGGCCAGGUCAGGACCACCAAGUGUCAGCAGUUCCCCACUCCCUGAUGGUGCACCUGAGACUGAUGGGCCUACCUGCCCACUCUCCAAUAGCCAGGCCUUCUCUCUCAGUGAAGAUGACCUAGAUGACAAAGAUUUGGACCAGACUAUGUUUGGAACCACAGUGUGAGUUGUCCUGACUGUUAGCUCUCCCGUCCUCCUGUGGCUUCUUUCCAGGCCUUCUCUUUAUGGUGGUAGCCAUUAAAACCAGGGGGAUGAGGGUCCUCCAGGUUCCCCCUCACAGAAGCAGCCCCUGGUCUGUUCCUGGCCCUGCCCCAUUGAGACAGGAAUUCUUGCAAAACCAACUGUCUGUGAGGAUGGGGGCUGAUGGUCCGUGAGACUUAGAUUCUAGAUUCAGGGACUUCGUUUCUUCCUUCACCCCCAAUAUCCCUUUCCCUUAAAAAGAUUUUUCUCUGCAGAACCUUCAAACUCAGGGUGCAUGUGGACUAGCAUCUCAAGGAGGGAGGCAAAUAAAGGAAAAACACAGCUUAACUACAGGGAUAUGAGGGGUAAAUUCUCUAAAUUCCCAGUUGGGCUUGGCAGCCAGGUCCUGUGUGGGAGUAGGAGUUCCCAAGUACAACAGUACAGUGACGUUAAUGAUAGCUGACCUCUUAAGGGACCUGGCUCUGGUCAGGCUUUACUCCAUCCUAGAGAAACCCCCGGAUAUGGAAAAGGCAAAACCGACUUGGGAAGGGGAGGUAGAUGAGCAUUUCGGAAGAUCACCUUGGUUCAGAUCACCGGGGCUUUAAAUCAGACCAAACCAAACCAAACCUGUGGCUCUUCUCCCCCAGCCCCUGCUGCUAGCUUCCUGUUCUGGUUAGCAAUCUUGACAGUGAUCCAUAUUUUGAGAACUGUGCCAUCCCGAGAGGGAACAGAGGAGUUAGGAAUUAGAAGGGGUUCUUAUUUUGAAUAAUACUGGGGCACAAAGGUUUGUCAUUUACUAUGUAGCCUAUUCUAAGCCACUCAUUCUUUUCUAUCAGCGUUAGUAGGAAGUUUCAGUGUAUUUUAAAAUACUCUUUUUCAAAUUCUACAUUUGUUCUUGAUUUUUAAAAAACUCGAGUGGGAGUUGUUUUCCCAGGCGGCCCAGCCAGCUAGUCUCUGCCGAUAUCAGAUGGUUGGAAGGAUUGGCCAGUCCUCUCUACCUUCUAAUUACCGCAAGACCUGUGACAAGGGAAGAUUUUGGAUAAGAAAGUGGUGGCUUCCAUGCUCUGUUGAAUGGCUCUCUGAUGUCAGGGGAUACUCAGCGGAGCAGAAUUCCAACCUAAGAGAAGAAUUCUAGCCUUCAUUUGGAGUCGCUGGUAACGGGCUUUGCCCUGAACAUCUCUUCAGAAGAGCAUCGACUAUGGGAACACAGACUGGGGUAGCGGCUCUAAUGCAGCUCUAUGUAGCCAACUAGAAAUCCUUUUUAUAUCUAAUAGAUGUCUAUAUUUUACAUGUCUGUUUUCUAUGGGGUCAUUCUCAAACUGAACUCUGAAAUGGCAAGUUCACCAUUUGAGGAUAAAUAUUUCACUUUUUAUAAAAGCAAGUAAAAGGAGAAACUUG